UAAUGUUGGAGUUUAUUCCAUUCCAUCUCGCAAGAUCCAUCUCGCAAGAUCCAUCUCGCAAGAUCAUUCUGGUCGAGUAUUUCAGUCUCGCUUGCAGACAACUGUCUUAUCUCUUCAAACUCCCUUCGAAGAUAUCUUGACUGCACCAUCUUGAAACCAUGUCUUCUGGUAACGACAACAACAACAACCUCGAGCGCGAUAAAGUCCUCGCACCCCUGGCCAACCUCAUCGGAGGUCUCGGCGAUACCCUAGGAAAGACCGUGGGUGGCCUUGGAGACACUCUGGGCAACACUGUGGGAGGCCUAGGCCAAACUGUCGGAGGAGCGACCCAGGGUCUGGGAACGACCGUCGGCGGGGCCACUGAAGGCCUGGGAAACACGACCAGAGGCGUCGGACAGUCGACAGGAGAUAUCCUGAGCAGCAUAAAUGGAGACAGGUCGGGUGGAGAUUCUCAGAAGUAAAGAUGAUGGCGAGCUCUGGUUGGGUCUGGUUGGGUUAUGACUUGAUGAAUAUGUUUUGUUGUGAGAUUGCUGGUGGAUGUUGAUUCUUUGUUCGUUCCAUCAGAUAUGACAUUUCUUGAUCACUUGGCUGCGUCUAUUCGAACAGAGUUUCAUGUCAAAUUAACAAUGUGUAAAAUUCUUGGAGCAUCAAGCAAGAAAUCAGUACUAGCGGUGAUCGGAACCGAGCGGGAGACAUUCCGAGCCCCUGCUCGGAUUCCUAUUCCACUAGGAGUCUAG